AUGCUCUUUUCUUACGUCUACACGUUCCUGAGCACCCCGUUCAUCCUCUCGCGCUUCGGCUUCGACAUCCUCCUAUGCCUGCUCCCGUGGACGCGGCCGACCAGAGAAUGGUCUCUCCAGCAGGCGGUGCGCAUGCGCAUCGUGCGCCUGGUGCUGCUCUACUGGUCGCUGCUCCGCUGGGGCGACCGGCUCAGCCUGCGGCCCGGCCGCGAGCGCAACCGGUUCGAAGUGCUCCCGCCGCAAGAUCCGAAGCUCUACCAAGGCGCCCUGGCCGACGCCACCAUCCAGCCGACAAGCAUCGGCACGACCUGGACGCCGGCGCGGCCGCCGCCCCCGGCGCUGGUCCGCCCGGACCUGGUCGUGGCGCUGCACUUCCACGGCGGCGGCUUCGCGAUCGGCACCGGCCGCGACGCCGACACGGGCUUCACGGCGCAGACGCUGCUGCGCCACCUGGGCUGCACGCACGUGUGCACGCCGCAGUACCGCCUGGCCAGCGCGCGCGACGGGUCGGGCCGGUUCCCCGCCGCGGUGCAGGACGCGCUGACGGCGUACGUGGCGCUGGUGCGCGGGCGCGGCGUGCCGCCGCGCCAGGUCGUGCUGUCGGGCGACUCGGCCGGCGCCACGGUCGCGCUGGCGCUGCUGCGCUACCUCGGCGAGCACGGCGCGGAGCUCGGCCUCCCCCCGCCCGCCGCCGUCGCGCUGUGGUCGCCCUGGGUCGACGUCGGCGCUGCCCUGCGCCUCGAUAUGCGCGCGUCGCCUAACUACAAGACCGACUACCUCAACCGGGAGUUCGGGCGGUGGGGGGCCGCCGCGGUGGCGGGGGUCGAUGGUGUGGAGGGCCAGGUGGACUCGGUGGAGCUGAAUGGAGGGUACCUCGCGCCGCUGCAUCACCCGUUCACGGUCAGCGACGAGGGCAUGCCGGCGCCGCCGCCGCUGUUUGUGCAGGGCGGGGACCGGGAGGUGCUGUGGGACGACAUCGUGCUGCUGGAGCGGCGGUACCGCGAGGCCGGGUGGACGACGCACCUGCAUGCGUCACCGCACUGUCCGCACGACAUCCUGCUGCUGGGGCCGAAGAUCGGGUUUGCGGCCGAGACCGAGGAGGCGGCGCGGGCGGCGCGCAAGUUCUUCCUCUCCACGACGGACAUCAAGCUGCGGGGGUCGGGACUUCCUGUGUCUCGCCGCGUCCACAUGGCCAACGGCAUCCCCAACGGCAUCCCAAAUGGGCGGCCCGAUGACGGCCUAUUCUUUGACAUCCUCAUCAUCGGAGCGGGCAUCUCCGGCAUCAACGCCGCAUACCGCAUCCAAACCGAAGGCCCCGCCGAUACGACCUACGCCAUCCUCGAGAGACGGAGCUCGCUCGGAGGGACAUGGGACUUGUUCCGCUAUCCCGGCAUCCGCUCCGACUCGGACAUCUUCACGUUUGGCUUCCCCUGGUAUCCGUGGAAGCACAAGUCCACGCUCGCGUCCGGCGACCAGAUCAAAGCCUACAUGACCCAGGCCGCCCAGUCGCAGGGCAUCGACCACCACAUUCUCUACGACCACAGCGUCGUGUCGGCCAACUGGAGCUCGGCCGACAAGAACUGGGAGCUGCAGGUUGCCGUGGCCGGGCGGGAUCAGCCCGCCACCUUCCGCGCGCGCUUCGUGCUGCUCGGCACCGGCUACUACGACUACGAGAAGCCGCUCGAGACCGAGAUCCCCGGCAUCGACCGCUUCGCCGGCAAGGUCAUCCACCCGCAGUUCUGGCCCAAGGACUACGACUACACCAACAAGAACGUCGUCAUCAUCGGCAGCGGCGCCACCGCCGUCACCCUGCUCCCCGCCAUGGCCGAGACCGCCAAGCACGUCACCAUGCUGCAGCGCAGCCCGGGCUACAUCUUCUCGCUGCCCUCCAACGGGCUCAUCACGGCUUUGCUCUUCGCCGUGCUGCCCGCCGCCGCCGCCCACUACCUCAGCCGCAUGUUCUGGCUGGUGACCGGCCACCUGAGGACCUGGUUCUGCCGCACCUGGCCGGGCCUGGCCAAGAUCGUGAUCCGGCGCGCCACGCAGCGCCAGCUGCCGCCGCACAUCCCGUGGGACCCGCACUUCCGCCCGCGGUACAACCCCUGGGAGCAGCGCUUCUGCGCCUGCGUGGACGGCGACUUCUUCGCCGCGCUGCGGUCGGGCAAGGCGGACGUGGCGACGGGCACGAUCCGCACGGUCACGGCGGACGCCAUCGAGCUGAACCCCGGCGGCAGCGUCGCGGCGCUGCGCCCGGACGUGAUCGUCACCGCGACGGGGCUGCGCCUGCGCUUCGGCGGCGGCAUCGCCUUCCGCGUCGACGGCGGCCCGCCCGUGCGCUGGUGCGACCGCUUCGCCUGGCGCUCCGCCAUGCUGCAGGACGUGCCCAACCUGCUGUUCCUGACUGGCUACGAGGCCGCCUCGUGGACGCUUGGCGCCGACGUCAGCGCGCGCCUGCUCGUGCGCGUGCUGCGCCGCAUGCGCGAGACGGGAGCCCAGGUCGCCGUGCCGCGCGUGCGCGCGCCCAUGCCAGAGAAGUCCAUGAUGAGCCUGACGUCGACCUACCUGAAGAAUGUGAGGGAGGUGCUGCCCAAGGGCGGGACGGGGGUCUGGGCGCCCAAGACGAAUUACUUCGCGGAUAUGGCGAGGGCCAAGUGGGGGAGUCUUGACGCCGAUUUGGAGUUCUCGUAG